AUGUUAUUUGACAGUUCUCUCAUUCCUCAGAAAAUUCCUAUUGUCCCAAAAGAAGAGCGGGACUACACUGUACAGAAGGAUAUUACCCACGAACUAAGCUGGCAUGCAACACCCAAUGAGCAAAUUCUCAUCGAAACGAUUUCUGGAAAAAUUAUCACAUUGAACGUUGAACCUGGUGAAACUAUCAGGGAUGUGAAGCUCGAUAUCAAUGACAAAGAAGGCAUCUCCUUAGAAAAUCAACUUUUGAUGAUGCUAGGCAAACAGCUUGAAGAUUCCCAUACAUUGGAUGAAUAUGACAUCAGAGGAGGGUCCCCUUUGAAAUUGUUACUUCGUAGUAACACAUGA